AUGCUCCUCGAGACGCUCCGUCGGCAGCAGCGCUCGCUGUCGCUCAUGACGUUCAAUCUACUGGCGCCCUGUUACUUCCGCCACGGCGGACGCCUCGAGAGCGACGACCAGACGGCUUUUCUAUCCCGCGCGCAGGCCGCGAUCCGCGCGAUCCAGCGCGAACAGUGCGACGUCGUGUGUCUCCAGGAGUUCUGGUUCAAUCGCGAGUACCAGCGCGCGUUCCGGGGCGCGUUCCAGGCGACGCAUUACCUUCACACGGCCAAGCGGCCGAAUGACAAGGAGGACGGACUCGCUGUGUUUGUGGACAAGCGCAAGUUUGAGCUCCACUAUGUGGAAAACGUGGACCUGGUGGGCGAAGCCGGAGACCGCGUGGCGCUGCUCAUGCACGUGGCGACCAAGUGGAACCGCGCGAGCGUGGGACUCCCGCAGCGCUCGUUUAUUGUGGUGAACUCCCACCUGACGUUCCCGCACAGUCACGUGUACGCGAGUCUCCGGCUCAAUCAGAUUGACCGCGUGCUUGCUGCAGUGCGCAAGUACGUUGCCCGGGAGGAGCUCCAUGAUGUGCCGGUGCUUCUUUGCGGCGACUUUAAUGACUAUGAUGAUCCAGUGUAUCGACUCGUGACGAAGCACGGAUUCGUGAGCAUGUUUGCUCAUCGACACGGGCGAGAAGCUAGGAUCACGCACUGUAAUCACAAUAACAGGGAAGUCGGGGUCGACUUUAUCUUUGGCGCGAGACUCCAGAGUCCUUCAGCGGGAAUCGCAGCUGCUGCGGGGAUACCGAUGAAUGGAGAAGGUAGUGGCACUGGUGCUACAUCAGCGUUGCUGCGGCAGGCAGCACUGACGCUGAGUGACGAUGACGAGCGUGAAAGAGAUGAGGUGAGACUGCAGCUGCAGCCCGUGGAUUGUCAUCUCGUGCCAAGGCGACUACCGGAUGUGGUACGGCUAAAGCGGCCGCAGUUUGGCCACGACUGGCAACAUGUGCAGUCUCCGGAGCUGCUAAGAGACGAAGAGCAGCUUGUGGACUACUGGCGGCUCGUGUCGGACCACCGGCCGCUAGUAGCAACGUUUGAAAUGAUGCACACAGAGAGGAGUAGCCAUGGCAAUAGCGAAGACAUGAAGGUUCUGUCGUUUGAGCGUGUGCGAGCGUCGACAGCCGAGAUGAAAGCGGGAGUAGCGCAUACCAUGCCGAUGGACCUAGCGACGGACGGCCUUACCCCGUAA